AUGAGAUUCUUCAUCUUUAUUCUUGCGUUACAACAACUUUACGUGCAAAGUGUCGCCCAAGAUUUCGAUUUCUUCUACUUUGUGUUACAGUGGCCCGGAGCGUAUUGUGAUUCAAGAAAUAGUUGUUGCUAUCCAAAAACCGGGAAACCAGCUGCGGAUUUUGGUAUCCACGGUCUUUGGCCUAACUACAAAACUGGUGGAUGGCCUCAGAACUGUAAUCCCGACAGCGAAUUUGAUGAAUUACGGGUGUCUGAUCUGAUGAGCAAUUUACAAAGAGAAUGGCCAACAUUGUCGUGUCCGAGCAACGAUGGUGUGAAGUUCUGGACACACGAGUGGGAGAAACACGGCACGUGCGCCGAGUCCGAGCUUGACCAACAUGAUUACUUCGAAGCCGGUCUCAAACUCAAACAGAAAGCUAAUCUCCUUCAUGCCCUCACUAAUGCUGGGAUCAAACCGGAUGAUAAAUUUUAUGAAAUAAAAGAUAUUGAGAAAGCGAUCAAAGAAGCAAUAGGAUUUGCUCCUGGAAUGGAAUGUAACAAGGAUUCGUCGCAUAAUAGUCAGCUCUAUCAGAUUUAUCUAUGCGUUGACACUUCGGCAUCCAACUUCAUCAACUGUCCUGUUAUGCCACAUGGUCGAUGCGACUCUCGAGUUCAAUUUCCCAAGUUCUAA